CCAAUCCCCUUCGGCUCCAGCCACACGAGAUCCCUCAACUAAGGAACUUCACCUUCCUCCUUUCGCCGCUACUGCGACUACUACUGCUCUCUUCUCUCAGAUCACAUACAUGGCUUCGCCGUUGUUCUCUUCUCUCGUAUUCCUUGUCCUUAUUCUCAUCGUCAGAAGCUCUGAAGCUAAAGAUUUCUUGGUUGGAGGCAACACCGAAGCAUGGAAAAUCCCUUCGUCUCCAUCAAAAACCCUCAAUCAUUGGGCGGAGGCGAACCGCUUCCAAGUCGGCGAUUCGCUUGUUUGGAAGUAUGAUGACCAGAAGGAUUCGGUGCUGGAGGUGACGAGGGAACAUUACCUGAGCUGCAACACAUCAAGCCCGAUCGCCGAGCACGAGGACGGGAACACGGUGGUGAAGCUCCCCCGAGCAGGGCCGUACUAUUUCAUCAGCGGAGCAGAGGGGGCCUGUGAGAAGGGGGAGAAGCUGAUCGUCGUAGUGAUGUCAGAGAGGCACCGCAGGUUUGGUGGGAUCUCCCCUGCACCUUCCCCCAUGGAGUACGACGGUCCGGCAAUGGCUCCGAUGAGCGGCGGUCGGAAGUUGACAGUGGGGAUUAAAGGGAGCUUGGUGGGUGUUUUGGCUGUCAUGGGGAUGGUGGUGACGAUCCUUUGAGGCAUUGUUUUAUGAGUUUUUUUUCCCCCCCUCUCGUGUUGUUGAUACAAGUUUCUGGUUUCAUCCUCCCUAUGACGCAUAGCCGAGAAUGCUUGUGUCAUUGCUUCUAUCUAUAUGUAUUCAAUUUUUGAGCACAAAAAUUGGAAUUUUCCAUCUAUCCA